CGCGUGAGAGAUUGAGACGAGCUCGUUGACUGCGUCGGGCUAGACAACAGCUCACACGUCAUGAGCGCGGCAGCGGACCUGCUUGCCAAAGCGGACAAGAAGGCAGGAUCAUCAGGGGGGUUCAGCUUCUUCUCGUCGGGCACGUCAAAGUACGAAGAAGCGCAUGAUCUCUACCAGGGCGCGGCGAAUGGGUUCAAGCUCGAGAAGCGCUGGAAGGAGUCCGGCGAUGCUUUCUGCAAAGCGGCAGAGAUGAGCAUCAAGGCAGACGAGAGAGAUGAUGCUGCAAAUGAUUUCUGGAACGCUGCCAAGUCGUACAAGAAAGCGCAACCUGCUCUGGCCGUUGCUGCGCUCAAGAAGACGAUCGAGAUCCUCGUGACAAAGGGCAGGUUCAGACAAGCUGCCGACCGGGAGAAGGAGAUUGGACAGAUCUUCCAGCAAGAUGCUGGCGACCUCCCAUCUGCACUGGACGCGUACGAGCAAGCUGGCGAGUGGUACUCUGCCGAGGAUGCGACCGCAACGGCCAAUGCCUGUUUCAAAGACGUGGCAGAUAUUGCUGCACAGCUACAGCAGUACCCCAAGGCGAUCGAGCGCUUCGAGCAGGUCGCCUCGGCCUCGCUACAGAGUCCCCUCACGCGAUAUUCGAGCAAGGAGUACUUUCUCAAAGCUGGCCUAUGUCAUCUCUGCACUGGCGACACGGUGGCAGCAAGGCGUGCAUUUGAGCAUUACGUGCAACAAGACGGCACCUUUGCAAGCACGAGGGAGCACAAAUUCCUCGUCGACAUUGCCAAUGCAGUCGAGGCAGAGGAUCAGGCUGCCUUCACGCAACAUGUGGCCGAUUACGAUCAGCUGACAAAGCUGGACGAUUGGAAGACGACUGUCUUGCUCGCCAUUCGACGGUCCAUUGCCGAGGAGCCCGGGCUGACCUAGCCUAGACAUGC